AAAAACGUGCAAUAUUUGAAGUCUUUAAGCUAAUCGCUUUCAAAAUAGCUAAUAAUCAGACAAGAAGUCUAGUCAUCUCUGGUCAUCUUUAUCUCAUCAAAGACCAAAUUACAAAAAACCAUCUUAAUUAAUUUCUUCAUAUUUGUCUGAUCAUAUCACAUCCUGUUCAUUCCCACACAAGAAAUGGCAAGUUUCGCGUCCGGAGCAGCACAGUUCAGAAGAGGUCUGAAAACUAAAGGGAAGACUUAUGGAUUGACCAAUCAAAAGAGAAGAGAGAUCAGAGAAAUAUUUGAUCUCUUCGACAUAGACGGUUCAGGUAGCAUCGAUGCUCGUGAGCUCAACGUUGCUAUGAGGUCUCUCGGGUUUGAGAUGACUAAUGAGCAAAUAAACGAACUGAUGGCAGAGGUGGAUAAAAACAAUAGCGGAACAAUAGAUUUCGAAGAGUUUGUGCAUAUGAUGACAACAAAAUUCGGAGAACGAGACUCUAAAGAUGAAUUGUCUAAAGCAUUUAAGAUCAUUGAUCACGACAACAAUGGAAAGAUUUCACCUCACGAUAUCAAGCAGAUCGCGAAGGAGCUAGGAGAAAAUUUCACAGAUAAUGAAAUAGAAGAAAUGAUCGAAGAAGCAGAUCGUGAUAAAGAUGGAGAAGUUAGUUUGGAGGAGUUCAUGAAGAUGAUGAGGAGAACUUCUUACGGCUACUAGAAGAAAUAACAAUAGUAUUGCUUGUGGAAUAUAUUAAGUUAAUUAUAUAAUAAAAAUGAUUUGUCGUAAAUAAAGAAGUUUGAAGUGUGUUUUGCGAAUAAAAAUGUAAUCAUGUUGUAACUACAUCCAUUAUUGAGAACAUGUCAGAUGUCUCAUAAAGAAGUUUGAAGUGUGUUUUUUUUUUCAGAUUUCAAAUAUAUUUAAUUUUUAA